UCGGACCGAGCCAUUUUCUCUUAGCAACAACACUUUAGCUUCACAGUGGCCCAAAAACACACUUUCCAAAUAGUUUAAAGUCAUAACAAACAUUAAAUGACACCGUUCUGUGUGUGUGUUCACUAACGUCACCAUAUUGUCCAUGUUACAGUGGAUAGCUGUAGAGUUUGUCCAAACGCACACCCCUCUCCUUCCUUUUUAAGUGGUCCGCUCCGUCUUGCUGCCAUGUUGGAUGUACGCAUCGCCGCUGCAGCUGCUGGAGUUUCCGAAUGAAAGUUGAGCGUUUAACCGCGUUCAUACUCACAGCGACUCCUUAUUUUUUAUUUCAACACUAAACGGAGAGGUUAAGUUUCUUUGUGAAGCAGGAGCAAGCCUGGAAAACACCCCCCGGUCCUCCUCCUCCUCCGCCCUCCAGCCCGGAGUCGGACUCAGCGGAGAUGAUCCGGUUGCAGGCCACAGCAACCGGAGCCCGCAUGGAUUUUCUGUAAUUAGCAGUGUUUUGCUGAGUCCGUCCGGGGGGAACCGCAUCGUUUCGGGGGUUAACUAGAAGAUUUCGGAGCCAUGAACAGCCACCCGCCGCCCCGCAGGGCUGUUAACGUCGGCUCCAUCCUCCUGACCCCGCAGGAGAACGAGUGCCUGUUCGGCUACCUGGGCAGGAAAUGCGCCACUCUGUGUUCGGCGGUGGUCCAGGUGUACGGCGCAGACCGGAACUGCUGCUGGGUGAAGAGGUGCUGUGGAGUGGCCUGUUUGGUCAAAGACAACCCGCAGAGGUCCUACUUCAUCAGAGUGUUUGACAUCAAGGAAGGGAAAACCAUGUUUGAGCAGGAACUGUACCACAACUUCUCCAUCAGCAGCGCCAGGUCCUACUUCAUCUCAUUCACAGGAGACACCUGUCAGAUCGGUCUGAACUUUGCCAGCGAAGAAGAGGCCAAAAGAUUCAGAGCCGCAAUCAACGACCUGCUCAACCGACGACAGCGCAAAACAGAGAAGAGAGGUGACCCUAAAAAUGGUCCAGCUCUGCACAUGGCCACAGUGGACAUCAAGAACCCGGAGAUCAACAAUGUCCGAUUCCACAACUCCCACAGCCACCAGCAGCCGUACCACCUCAACAACAUGCUGAGCCACAGCGGGCUCAACAGGAAGGACAAGAAGACCAAAGGCAAGAAGAAGAAGCUGACCAAGGCCGACAUCGGCACGCCCAGCAACUUCCAGCACAUCGGUCACGUGGGCUGGGAUCCGAACACAGGUUUUGAUCUGAACAACCUGGACCCUGAACUCAAGAACCUGUUUGACAUGUGUGGCAUCUCUGAGGCUCAGCUGAAGGACCGGGAGACGUCCAAGGUCAUCUACGACUUCAUCGAGAAGAAGGGAGGGGUGGAGGCCGUCAAGAACGAGCUGAGGAGGCAGGCACCCCCUCCACCUCCUUCCCGUGGCGGUCCCCCUCCUCCUCCUCCACCCCCACACAAUUCUGCUCCACCACCUCCUCCUCCCCCGUCCAGAGGCGGCCGUGGAGCCCCGCCUCCCCCUCCUCCGUCCAGAGCCCCCACCUCAGCUCCUCCUCCUCCGCCUCCCUCCAGACCAGGAACUCUGGGUGCACCACCUCCUCCACCUCCUCCCACCAGAGGAGGUCACCAGCCCCCUCCUCCUCCCCACCAUCACCACCACCACCAGCCUCCCCCUCCUCCACCUUCCUCGCACUCCUCUGCCUCCCCCCAGGCCCCGCCGCCUCCACCUCCUCCAUUGGCCCAGCAGUCUCCAGUCAGUGGAGGUGGCAGCUCGGCCCCUGCUCCACCUCCUCCGCCGCCUCCUCCACCUCCUCCUCCUGGCCCCCCUCCCCCUCCAGAGCUGGACGGUGUCAGUGGAGGCGGAGACUCUCCUCACUCGCCGAGCCCCGGUGGGAAGUCGGCGCUGCUGGAGCAGAUCAGAGGAGGAACUCAGCUGAAGAAGGUGGAGCAGAACAACCGAGCGCCGUCCUCCGGCGUGGGACGAGACGCCCUGCUGGACCAGAUCCGACAGGGAAUCCAGCUCAAGACCGUGCCGGAUCAUCCAGAGUCCGGCCCUCCAACGUCGGCUCCCACUGCGGGCAUUGUCGGCGCUCUCAUGGAAGUGAUGCAGAAGAGGAGCAAAGCCAUCCAUUCCUCAGACGAAGACGAGGAUGACGACGAAGACGAGGACUUCGAAGACGAUGACGAGUGGGACGACUAGUGAAGAUCUCUCCUUGACCCCCCCACCCCCACCUGCACCUACCGCUGACACUAAAAUAUCCUCUAAAAAUCUUCCAGCAUCUGACUAAAAUUGUAAUGUAAAUGUUGUAAGAAUUGGCUGUAUAUUUAUUUUUGCCUUUUUUUUGCUUUGUUUUUUUUUUAUGAUAAUUAUAAUUAAUCUGUGCAAUACCUCAUCUGUUAAAUCUGUUACAUUCGUCACACAUCCUCAUCGUUAAAGAGACUUUCCCCGGGAUUUCCUGUUAUUAGAAAGCACUUAAUCAUCAGCACCAUGUGGAGACACAUCCGGAUACAUUUCAUAUCAAUAAUCAAUAAUAUAAACACUAGGCUGCUCCACUGAGGAAUCUGAACUUCAUGUGCUCCGUGGGAAAUAUUGUUAUGUAUUCAUUUCUUUGUGUUUUCAUUCCUCGGGAAAAGGGAGACGUACAUGCGACCAAACAGGCAGGAUCCUCUUUGUGUUUGACAGCGGUCGCUCUAAACGCCAGAUAACACUAUUUUCUUACCGUGCUUCUUUUUUCGUACCUCUCGAGUUUCCUAAUAAAUUGUAGUUUAGUCGUGUUAUUUUUUCAUAAAUCCUUUUUGACCAAAAUGCGGCGGCAGCCUCGCGUUGAUUCUCGACUUUUAUUUUUUAUGAAGUUAAAGCCGUUUAUUUGCACACACACAGUUUAUACGAUAGUACAGUUUUGUGUUUUUCAGGUGUGCGUUUGUCGAGUACAUUUUAAUUUUGUUUUCAGGCAGGUCACAGUGACGACGGACACUUUGAAAAGGUUCUGCAAUGUUGUGACCUUUUUAAAUGGAAAUACAAAGCAUGACUGACGAUGUUUCACUUU